AAUCAGAAGGUGUAAACUUAAUCUCUAAUGAUCAUGAUAAUUAAUUUUCACACGCUUGUAUAUGUGUAUAUCCAGGAAUCAAAAUAAAUUCGAAGCAUCUCGUGAUAAGAACAGACAGAGCUGUCAGUCGUGCGCUUUAUUCUUCUAUUUUUAAGAGGAAGAUGGAAGAAAAGGACUAGGAGUGGGGAAUGACAUAGCGUAGGCCUGGGUAUAGUGACGUCGAAAGCAAGGGCGAGGGCAACACAACACAUUCUUGGUGGCGUUCUUUCAGUACGGUUCACACGCUUGCAUGUGACCAAAGCAACCAUCCCCACCCUGAUGGUCCAUACGCAGCGGCAACUACCGUGGGAUGUGAGGUAUGAUAAACAGAAGAAGAAUGAAAAUUAUAUCAUGUUAUUUUCAACGUCUCAUAAUAACAGCAUUAUUUGUAUUAUUGAUGUUUUGUAUUGUUCAAGUUUUUCGUUCAGAGUUCGGAUUCAACAAUAAUGAUUUGCCAAAUCUAGAUAAACUAAUACAUAUAUCUCAAUUAAUUGAAGAAUCUGAACAACCUGGUAUUGGGGAAAGAAUUGUUGCUUGCAAACUACCUCAAUUAGAUAUUUCUAAUCCAGAUAUUAUAAAAUUCAUCCAUGAUGUUCCUCCUUUGCAAUGUACACCAGAAGACUGGGUUAUUCUCCAUGGAUCAAGGCUGGUUAUAUCCAGCAAAAUAAAAAAAAGAUAUGGUCCUAUAACUUGUUUUUUCAGUGAAAUUCUUAGAGGUAAUGAUUAUAAUGUAUCAUUUAUGACUCCUGUUGAGUCUAAUGAUUCCUAUGUUCUCAAACACAGUGAUUUUGUUGAUGUUAAGUGUGAAUCAAAAACUGAGACUGAAUGGCACAGUAUUAUGGUUGGAGUGAAAAAUGAUCCUAAAGUAAAGAAGAAAAGUAAAUGGGAAAAUGUUGGAAAAAAGGCCCUCAAAUUAAAUGUUCUUAUGAUUGGUUUUGAUUCUUUAUCCAGAAAUACAUUUAUCCGUAAAUUGCCAAAAACAUAUAAGUAUGUAAAAGAAUAUUUAGGUGCUUUAAUAUUGGAAGGGUAUAAUAUAGUAGGUGAUGGGACCCCACAAGCUCUUAUUCCUAUUCUUACUGGAAAGAUUGAACUUGAACUUCCAAAUACUAGAAAACGCAUGGGAUUAAAAGCAAAUUAUGUUAAUGUAUAUCCAAUGAUAUGGAAUCAGUAUAAAGAGAAAAGUUAUAUAACAGGAUUUAUGGAAGAUGUCCAUUAUAUUGGGACUUUCACAUAUCGUUUGAAAGGUUUUAAAGAACAACCAACUGAUCAUUACAUGAGAACAUAUUAUUUAGCUGCAACACCAUAUUUUAGAUACUACAAUAAAUUUUGUAUUGGAAGCAUCCCAAGACAUAUGGUGAUGUUAAAUUAUAUGAAAGAAAUUUUCAAUGUUUACAAAAAUCAACCAAAGUUUUUGUUUGGAUUUCAUGGAGAACUUUCACAUGAUUCCUAUAACGACAUAGGAGUGAUUGAUGAAGAUUUACGUAAUUGGCUAAAAGACCUGUAUGAAUUUGGUCAUUUAAAUAAUACUGUAUUGAUACUAAUGAGUGAUCAUGGACACAGGUUUGCAGAAAUUCGCAAUACUUUACAAGGUAAACAAGAGGAAAGACUACCAUAUUUUUCAUUUCUUUUUCCUCCUUGGUUUAAAAAAGUUCAUCCAAAAGCUUACGAAAACUUUUUACAUAAUACACAUUAUUUAACAACACCAUUUGAUAUACACAAAACGUUAGAAAAUAUACUAAAUUUUGAAGAACCAAAAAUGGGAGAUCGUCAUCAAAGGGCCAUUAGCUUGUUUGAUAAGAUACCAUUAGAUAGGACGUGCGCCAAUGCAUUUAUAGAACCACAUUGGUGUGCAUGCCUUAAUUGGCAACAAAUUUCAGUCGAUGAUGAUACCGUAAUUGCUGCAGCCAAAUAUUUUAUUGAAUUUCUUAAUAAUUAUAUAGAAGAUCAUCGUGAUAUAUGUGAACAACUAAAAUUAAAAGAAGUAUUAUGGGCUGCCAAACUUAUACCUAAUAAAGGUUUAUUAAAAUUUCGAAAAACUAAAGAUCAAGACGGGUUCGUAGGGGAUUUUAGUGCAAAAACGCAAUUAACUACUGAAACUUAUCAAUUGAAAGUAAAAACAGAACCAGGGGAUGGUUUAUUUGAAGUUAGUAUUACUUAUGAUAUAAACAAGAACGUUUUUUCAACCAAAAUUUCAGAUAUUAGUAGAAUUAAUAUGUAUAGAUCUCAAGCAGCAUGUGUAGAAAAUUCUUUUUAUUCUCAUUUACGAAAAUAUUGUUAUUGCAAGAAUUAA